AUGUUCUCCGUCGUCAUCCCCGGCCGGCCGUGUCUUACAGACAUUGUCGCUGUGGACAGCCAACCAAACGGCCAAGCAACCAAGUUCGCCUUCACAAUUCCCCUCAGCCCAUCCUUCACCGAGAUUGUCGUCUUCCUCCUACCUGGCACAGUCCUGCCACCAAACACUGGCGCUGCCAUCUACAUCCAGCUCCCAGACCCAAACACAGGCAACCCAACCGACUUCCGAUUCAUUGGCGCACUAGCAAACGAGAAACCCUCCGGCAUCUUCAAGGUCCAGGCUCCGUCACAAUCAAACAAUGGCCUCGGCCGCACCGAAGCCGAACAAGAAGACGAGAUGCUUGACGAGGGCUCCGCAGGCAGCGCAAACGGCAUCGCAACCCUAGGAAUCUCAAUCGAACCAGUUCAGAACAUCGCGCCACAACUAUCAGCGCUAGAAGCAGAGAGCGCGUACACAGAACCCUCCAUCUCAACCGCACUGGUCCAGCAAACCCCCGAGCAGCGCCAACAAAAGCAGAUCACGACCAAAAUGCUAGCGCAGCGCAUCAUCGGCAGCGCAUUCAAUUUCCUCGCCAGCUUUGCAGAGAGCGAUCCCUCAAAUAAGGGCCAUGAAGUUGUACCGUUGAAAAGUUUCCGCGAUUGGUGGACCAAGUUUGAGCGGCGCAUUGAUAUGGAUCCGUCGUUCUUGGAACGUGCAGAUCCCAACGCAACGUAG